UUGGACUGCUGUACAAAAUAGUGGAGAUUAACGCGAACAGACCUGGAAGAGGAUGCUACAGAAACUGCAGCGCUUCCAGAUCGGCACAGUGGACACCGGACUUGGCGGAAAGAAGAAGGAUAAAGUUCAUUUUGGGUUUAGCAGCCAAAGUUUGACGUAAUUCUUCCCCGGACACCAGGAAUAGGCUGGAGUGUCAUGGAAGUAUUUCCCAAGGAAAAAUAGAGAUUCCCUCAUCUUGGACUUGGAGGUAAUUUGAGAAAGUGCAAGUUCGGAAAAAAAAACAUUCACAGCAAGUUGUCUACGGUUUGUCCAGAUGUCUCUUCUGAUGCAGACAGCGGCUGGCUAAUGAAAUAUAUUCACACCCUAAAGAAAAAAGAAGCACUUUCUCUUCAUUUCCUGCUUCUCUGGUUUUUAGGCUGGUGAUAAAUAUAUAAUUAACUUUACUUUUCGUACUCAGCUGGGAUUUUUUCUGCAAAUAACUCCCAUUAGAAUAACGAGAUUUAAAGACUCCUCAUACUGGAUAUAACGACUUGUCGACGCUUUCAGAUAUGGACGGACACCGAGGAGACAAAAUAAAGAAGGGCAGCGUUAUCAUGACAAUGUUAUUUGGGUGAAGUCUUUGGAAACUCGUAAGGGAAGUCCAAUGACUGGCAUACAGUCAACACUCACUGACAGGACCCCAAGCAUUCUCAACAAGGAGCCCACAGACAAGAAACCUAAGAAUGACAAAUCAUGUCUCCCUCCAACAUGAAUUUGAUCCCACAGGUCUUGUCCAGCGUUGUGUGAUAAUCCAGAGAGAUGAAAAUGGCUUCGGGCUGACUGUAAGUGGAGACAACCCUGUGUUUGUGCAGCUGGUCAAAGAAGAUGGAGCUGCGAUGCGAGCUGGUGUUCAGACAGGAGAUAGGAUCAUUAAGGUUAAUGGGACCUUAGUUACACAUUCAAACCACAUAGAAGUUGUAAAGCUGAUAAAAUCGGGUUCCUAUGUAGCCCUGACAGUGCUGGGGAGGCCUCCAGGGCUUCCUCAGAUCUCCCUGGAGGAGGAUGAGGAUGAGAAGGAGGACGGGCCAGAGGUCGGCCCACUCUCCUCUCUCUCAGUACCAAACCCACCUACACUGCCAGGUGUGGAGCAAUGCAUCCCCUUGACCAGCAGCCCCCAGGAGCACAUCGCCUCCCCUCCACCUGACGGGGGUGAGAACAAAAGCACACGCAGCCAAACGAUCGACGAUUUGCAAAAGAUGCUAACCAAACAGCAACUGGACUUACAGGCAAAGGAGGAAGAGUUCAGCAGAAACCCCCGACCUAAGCUGCUGAGGGAGAUCCAGGAGGCGAAGAAGGACAUUUCACUGCUGCAGGAGCAGCUCAGCAAAGCAACAGCAGUGUUACAGGACGGAGACACUGUGUCCAGGAAUGGUGAGGUUGAGGAGGUGGACGACGGGCCUCCUGUGAGGGACCAGAUCUCACGCUCACGGUGUGACGGCGGUAACAACGGGCCCUCGACUAACAAUAACUCUAUGCACAGUGGCCCCCUCCCAGAGAGUCCUGGCAAAAGAGAGACGCCCUGCCAGAGCCCGGACAUCAGUCGGCGAGACGGACUCAACUCCUGCUCGUCGCCAGACGCUGAGGACAACACUGACGCUGACUCCAGUGCCCAGUACGGUGUGGGUGGCCCUCCCUGCGUCCUCAAACCCCAGAUCAUUGGAGCGGAAGAUGACUACUUUGACUCUCAGCAAGAGCAGAUUAAUGGAGAGUGCAGCUGUUUCCAGAGCAUGGACUUGCUGAAGUCUCGGCCGGCUCACCUCGCAGUUUUCCUCCAUCAUGUUGUCUCGCAGUUUGACCCUGUGCCUCUGCUGUGUUAUCUCUACGCUGAGAUGCACAAGCAAACCAGCUCCAAAGAAAGUCGACGCUUCUUCAUGGAAUUCCACUCCCUCUUCAUGGAUCGCACAGCAAAUCUGAAAGUACCAGUGCCAGAGGCGAUUGCAGCUGAACUGGAGAAGCGGAGGCUGGAGUUAAUCCCAGAGGAGCUCUGCAAACAGUACACCCAGGUGUUACAGGACACACUCCUGCCAGACCUGCACAGCAACCUGGAAGACUUCAGACAGAAGCGCAGUAUGGGUCUGACUCUGGCUGAAGACGAGCUGUCUAAGCUGGACAUAGACCGAGGGAAGGACCAGCAGUCCUUGGAGAAGGAAUGCUCCUGUGCCGAGCACAUCAUCUCCAAGAUCGAGGACAUCCUGUUGACAUCACAGCCCUCAGAAGAGGAGAAGUGCCAAGCGAUGCAGUAUGUGAUUCUCACCUACAUGAAGCACCUCGGGGUGAAAGUGAAAGAGCCUCGCGGCCUUGAACAUAAGCGAGCACGAAUCAAUUUCCUGCCCAAGAUUAAGAAGACUAUCAAGCCUGAGAAGGAGGGUGAGGAGAAGGUGAAAAAGCCUCGGUUUCCCAACAUCCUCAGCCAGCCAAGGCGCCUGAGCAGAGUGGAUUCAACUUCAGUUGGUAAGGCUGUGGAGCUGAACAAGCAGCGGUCCCCAAAGCAGCUCACCCAGCCGGCCACCGGCAUCCUCGAGCAGUCCGACUCCUCUGCCUUGAACCCCGGACGGAUCCGUGGAAGUCAGCUCAGUGAGGCAUCGGACACCGGCCCCCAUGUUUUGCCUUCCACUAGCUCCCCUACACACAGCUCCCCCACUGGUCAGGCCUCAGACACUAGCGGACAAGACUCAGACUCCAAUUUGUCUCCAUUCCCCAUCCAGCCAAGAGUGGGUGAGUGUCUCCAGUCUGGCGACCAGCAGGACAACAUCUUCAGUCCCACCAGCACGCAGUUUGACUUCAGCCCCUCCAACUUGGAGCAGUUACAGGGGGAAGAUCAGGAAACUUUCAGCAGUAGGAUGGAGGUGCAGUGUUCGGUGACUUCAGCCGACAUCCAGAGUGAAGACGACCAGGGAGGUGAGGUGGAGAGUGAAGAGGACCCUCUCAACUGGCAGAGUCUGGUGAGUCGAGGCGUCCUAGCAAGCCUAACGCCACAGGAGAUCAAACGGCAGGAAGUCAUCAAUGAGCUGUUCUACACUGAGCGCGCCCACUUACGGAUGCUGAGGGUGAUGGACUGUGUUUUCUACCAGAGGCUGAACAGAGACGGUGUCCUCCCCCCAGAGGACAUCAAGCACAUCUUUAUUAACCUGGAAGAAAUCAUUCAGCUGCAUGUUUCUAUAACAGAGCAAAUGACAGCAACCAGAAAGAGGAGUGAGACGUCGGUGAUCGGUCAGAUUGGAGAUGACCUCCUGGCAUGGUUCGGUGAGGAGGAAGAGGAGAAGAUAAAGAGAGCGGUGGGAACUUUCUGUAGUAACCAACCAUCUGCACUCGAGCUGAUCAAGACAAAGAAGAAGAAAGAUCAGAGGUUCAACUUAUUCAUGCAGGAAGCCGAGAGCAACCGCUUGUGUCGCAGGCUGCAGCUCAAAGACAUCAUUCCUGUGGAAAUGCAGAGAAUGACCAAGUACCCACUGCUACUGGAGAAUAUCGCAAAGUAUACAGAGGAUGGUGAGGAGAAGGAGAAGGUGAAAAAAGCUGGUGAAUGUUGCAAAAAGAUCCUCAACGACGUCAACCAGGCUGUCAAAGAGGCAGAGAAUAAACAGAGGCUAGAGGAGUAUCAGAGAAGGUUAGAUCUGUCGUCACUGAAACAGAGUGAAAACCCCAUGAUCCUGGAGCUGAAGAAUCUGGACCUGACCAAGGGGAAGAUGGUACACGAGGGACCUCUUUCCUGGAAAGUCAGUAAAGACAAGACAAUUGAGCUGUACACAAUCCUCCUGGAGGACAUUCUGGUUUUACUGCAGAAGCAGGACGAGCGCCUGGUCCUCAAGUUCCACGGCAAGAAUUUGGCCAGUGCCGCCGACACAAAGCACAUCUUCAGCCCCAUCAUCAAACUCAGCACUGUACUGGUUCGUCCAGUGGCAACUGACAACAAAUCUUUCUUCGUAUUGUCCAUGUCGGAAAACGGGGCUCAGAUCUACCAGCUGAAGGCUCAGACGGUGUCCGAUCAGGGAACGUGGCGGCGUCUGAUCACACAACGAGCCGAGGCCAUGAAGGCCAAACCUCACAACAGUGACACACGUCCAACUCAGUCUGCUGCUGAGCGGGAUGCUAUUGAGAUGAUCAACCGAGGGAUGCCCAGGCCGAGCAAAGAUCCAAACGGGACAUCAAGUGGAGAUAAAGAUGCCACCUCUUCCUCAGACAUUCAGUCUCCGCCGGCGAGCAUCAACCCCUUCGAUGGCAUGAAAUCCGAGGACGAGGAAGAGGAGCUGACUGAGGCAGACAGACGGGUGGGAGAGGAGGAGGAUGAAGAGGUGGACGAAGCAGAACUGGAGGCCUUCCUGGAUGAUCAGCUAGCAGACAGACUGUCACGUCAGGGUGACGCGUUCGGCAUACCCUCCUCUAAAGCUGAAGAUGCUCUACGGACAUUGGCGCUGCUGAAGCAGGCUCUGUUCAACCACAUGAUGUGCAGGGAGGCAGAGGAGGAGAAAGAGGGGAUAGAGGAGAACAAGCAGAGUGUGGCCUCUGAGUGUCAGCUGAGUGCCUCCCUUCCCGGGAGCCCUGAGGGGCCCUCCGCUGCAUGUGACGAGAGCCGAGCAUCUACAGGUUUACAGAAAGAUGAGCCACAGCUCCCGUCUGGACACAGAGGCCUGUCUGAGACAACUGAACGCAAUGGUGGUUUCGUGGUUCUGGAUUUCAGCGUGGGCUCGGAGGAGAGCAGCACCGACGAUGAUGGUGGAUUAGGAGGUGAUGUGGGGAUCGACAUGAGGAAACUGCUGUCCUCCUCCUCGCAGACAGGGGGCGGCAGCGGCCCCAACCUCAGCCGGCAGCUUAUGACCCACCUACGGCUCCUACAGGCCGACCUGCAGUACCUGAAGGAGGUGGAAGUGAAGUACAACGAGCUGCGACAGGCACACAGUGACAUGGCUACUGACUCCGACGACAACAACAACGAUGGGAUUCAGUGAUGCAGGUUUCUUGCUCCACCAACGCUUUCUUCUGGAUCAGUCCUCAACCACUGAACGCUGGUGUCGCUCAAUAAUGGAGACUCUCUGUCUCAUCUCCCACUUCAAGCACAUAUGGCAAUCAGUGGAAGACUUCACCAUCUUGAUUGUUUCACUAUAAACUCGAAAUCCUUGAACCAGCAGGGGCAGAUUGGCUCCUGAGACUAUGGAAUUACCCGAGGAUAAUUCAGUCACUUUUUGCUAUAGUAAUAAUCAACUCCAUAAAUUAUUUUAAACACUGGAUAUAUGAAAUGGAAAAGGGCAAGUCAAGUGUGUAAAGUCACACAGAUGCACAGCAGAGAAGCAUCCAGAAAUGAAAAGAGAUGUGAAGACUGUGAUGGGGACUAAAAUGAUCCUCCGAGGAUUAAAGUAGAUGGACUUGUUCAGGACUCGGAGCACUGCUGUAAGCUUGAUGUAAAGGCCUGCAAUAGGAAAUGGGUAAAAACUCACGCUACGUGUUUGAAUAUGCUUAAAGAUGCACCUCUUUGUUAACACUUUUAUGCCAAUGUUUCUUCGUAACACACUGAUUGUGUUUUUAAAUUCUGCAGCAUUCACAGAAAUUGUACAAGAGACAUUUGUUCCAUCUCCAAAUGUCUCCAAAAGUCUUUUCAUGUUUUAUGUCUUUUGUUUAGCAUAAACCUGGAACUGAGGAGAAACAACAACAAGCUGGACUCUGUUGUUCUGUUUGAGGUACAACAUGUUAAUUAUUGAGCUUCAGAUGUGACAGUAUUUUAAACUGUGGACGGAGCCAGACUCACUGUUUCCCACUGCAUCCUGUCAUCAGAGCACAGACACAGAGAUGAUGCUGCAUUCGCACAAUGUCGGCAGAGCGGUAAGAACAGGAAAACUUCCUGUUAUUCCGGCUGCAGAGCAGCGUAGCCUUGUAGUCACAACAGAUAAAUAUCUUAAAUUAGCUUCUUUUGCUGUAUCACAUUUGUUCGGCAGUUUGUUAACAAGUGAUAUUUUAUUUAGAUGGAACACCAGGCAGUGGAUGCUUUCCAGCCACGUUGCCAUCGGCUUGAAAUUUUAUGAUGUAGAUUAACAUGAAGAUUUUUUUUCCCACUUGGCUGCUCUUAACUACGGUCUGAAUGAUAUGACAUGAUCACAGUAUUAAUUUUCUUCUUAUCAGACCCUCAGAAAGAAAAUUCCUGCAAACACCUGAAAAGAUGCUUUUCAGAAAUUUGAGGAAGAGCCUCAAAUUUCCAAAGAAUAAUUGUCCUGCUUGCAAAGCUACAGCCUCUGACAGUCACAGUAGCUACUGUUUGUUUACUGGUUGUCUUCUUGGUUUGACUGCAUCCGAUUGAAUCUGACUUUAAAGUGUCUGAUUUUAAACUUCCUAUAGCACUUGAAUGUAGCAUAAUAUGUCAAAUGAAUGAAGACGGUAUCAUGUUGAAAUCGCAGAUCCAGAUCUAUCUAACUACGAUCCACAGUCCACCAAAUAUCAGCCAAACUCAACAUGUCUUAUCAACAAAUAAUCACAUAAUACAGAAGGAUGAUCAGAUGGAUGGAGGAGAAAACAGAACCUGACGUGUUUGUGUUUUAAAGAAUGCCGAACUCUUCUCAGUAAGCAAGGUAAAUCAGCAAAAACAGCAGCCGUGAAAAGAAAUGUUGACUUUGUGUGUAACUGCUGGUGUUUUUCUGGUGGCGCAUGCAGCUAAGAGCACAUCACACCAUAUAAUGUGCGCACGAGUGGGUUUAACGAAUUAAACUUUAUUGUAGAAUUUAUUUUUCACUUGUAUUCCAGACUUUUUGUUUUUCCUUACUUCUGUCGUGUGCACAGCCUUUUAUAUGUUCCUUUGCCUUUUUGGUACAAUCCACAAAGAUUCACACAUCAGUUCUCUGCACUUCACUUUCAUGGUUGGACUGAAAAGACUCAGAUAUCCACUGGCCGCUCGACUGCAUAGAUGACAUUAUGGCUUUGAAAAAAAGAAAAAAAAGAAAAGACUAACCUAAAAAGUAUAUAUAAACAAAAAGGAUUGUAAUGGAUUGUUUUAAUGUAAAAGAAUAUAAUGUACAAUUAUGAGUGUAUAGCAAAUGUUUUGUGUGUUGUUGUUUUUGUUACACUGUGCAGUCAUGUCAUGUUUUAACACGAACUGCUUAAAAUGAAGGUAAAGUAACCGUGCAGUA